AGGGGUGGGGAAGAAAAGGAGGAGGGAUGGGGGAGGGGGAAAGGGAGCGAGGUGUAUCCCUAGCUCGCUGCCUCUGGCAAGUGGAGUUUUUAAAAAGCUGGAGCAGAUCAUGUCAUGACGACUUCGCUGCUCCUGCAUCCGCGCUGGCCGGAGAGCCUUAUGUACGUCUAUGAGGACAGCGCGGCGGAGAGCGGCAGCGGCGGCGGCGGGGGAGGCGGCAGCGCGGGCGGAGCGGGGGGCGGCUGCGGCGGAGCGAGCCCUGGCAAAGCCCCGAGCAUGGACGGGCUGGGCAGCAGCUGCCCGGCCAGCCACUGCCGCGACCUGCUUCCGCACCCGGUGCUGGGCCGCCCGCCCGCUCCCCUGGGCGCCCCUCAGGGCGCGGUCUACACGGACAUCCAGGCCCCCGAGGCGGCACGCCAGUGCGCCCCGCCGCCGGCGCCCCCCACCUCGUCCAGCGCCACCCUGGGCUACGGCUACCCGUUCGGUGGCAGCUACUACGGCUGCCGCCUAUCGCACAACGUGAACCUGCAGCAAAAGCCUUGCGCCUACCACCCGGGUGAUAAGUACCCGGAGCCGUCGGGCACCUUGCCCGGCGACGACCUGUCCUCCAGGGCCAAGGAGUUCGCCUUCUAUCCCAGCUUCGCGAGCUCCUACCAGGCGAUGCCCGGCUACCUGGACGUGUCGGUGGUGCCUGGGAUCAGCGGGCACCCGGAGCCGCGUCACGACGCACUCAUCCCGGUGGAAGGCUAUCAGCACUGGGCUCUCUCCAACGGCUGGGACAGUCAGGUGUACUGCUCCAAGGAGCAGUCGCAGUCCGCCCACCUCUGGAAGUCUCCCUUUCCAGACGUGGUUCCCCUACAGCCGGAAGUCAGCAGCUACCGGCGCGGGCGCAAGAAACGGGUGCCCUACACCAAGGUGCAGCUGAAGGAGCUAGAGAAGGAGUACGCGGCCAGCAAGUUCAUUACCAAAGAGAAGCGCCGGCGCAUCUCCGCCACCACGAACCUCUCGGAGCGCCAGGUCACCAUCUGGUUCCAGAAUCGGCGGGUCAAAGAGAAGAAGGUGGUCAGCAAAUCGAAAGCGCCUCAUCUCCACUCCACCUGACCGCCCACCGGGCCGCCUUCCCCGUCUAUUUAUGUCGCCGCUUUGUACCAUAACAGAACCCACGAAGGACGCUUCGUCGGUGCAGACGAAUAUUUAACGUUAACAAGAAAGAGGAACCGCGCCGCCAGAAGGCAGAGAGGAUCAGAGGGCAAGCUCUGCCGCCCCCGACCCCCCACACCCCAUCCUCAAUCCCUUCCCCCAUCCAUAUGGGACCUGCCAGGCCUCAACAGCUUUGGAGGCGGGUCUGAGUGGGCCGUGGGAGCAAGGCUGCCGGCCCCCCCCUCCCCCUUGCCCUCACCCCUCUCCUUGCCAGAAAGCCGAGUGGCAGCAAAGAGCCGGAUCAUUCCAACCAAAACGGGGUUUGGGGACCCCGAAUGACUCCAUUCUUGCCUCCUCCUUUGCCCAGGCAGAUAGACGACCCUCCUUAGGGUGAGGCCUCGGUGCCGGACCUGGUGAGCUCAGUCUUUCCUUUCGGUUCCUCCCCCUCGUCUCUGUCCCUCCUGCACUCCUUAGUUAGGCAAGAUUUCCCAGUUAAGACUUUCUGUGCAUAUUUUAAAAGUCGCGUUAAUAUUGAUGAUAAUUACUAGGGAUCUGGCAUUGUGAUUGGAGUACGGACAGCGCAUAGGUUUUCUUUCUUUCCUAUCUGUUUCAACAAAAACCAUAGCCCCAACCUCAACCAAGAAACUGAAUUUCUCAGGAGCCCCUUUUGCCCCCACUGUCUCCUCUGUUCUGCUCUCCCAGUAAACAUGUAGAAAUCGAAGGACAAACUCAACCAUGCUUCUAAAGAUUCCUCCUCCUUCUUCUUCUUCUUCGUCUUCUCUCUCUCUAGUCCCCCCACCCCCCAGUCAGGACAGACAUAGAAAUAGAAGUUUUUUCUUUAAAAAAAGGGGCAAACUUCUCUCCCAAUGGGAUGAAGAGUGGGUCCCCCAGCAGAGUCCUUCUCCAGUUGCUUCUCCAUCACCACAAAGCAGAGAGAAGCCUUACACUUUCACUUUUAGUGAUUGCCCAGAGGAAAGCAGUUUUCUUCCAAGAGGCCAAAAUGACGGCCCCCAAGUAGCUAACAUAGGCGCUGCCUAACAUUUCCCUCCUCAAAGGCCAAGUUGGUGCUGGGGGGCCCCCUCACCUUCUCCCUUCCCACUGACACAUUACAAAACAGUGUUCUUAUGAAAUGUUCAUCAGAAAUAGGCUUUUUAAAAAUGUUGUGUAUCUGUAUAUAGUAUUGUGAUGUCUGAAUGACAAUGAAUUGAAUGCAAAAAAGGAAA